CCAACACAAGCAAUACUAACCAAAACAAUCCACAAAACACGCCGGCAGGCCGGCGGAUAAUGAGUUGGCAGCGCGCAGUUUUCUUCGACUAUGUCAACAUUUGUCAAACAUGGGCAAGAAAGAACCUAACAAUAAUUAAAGACAAACAUGCCGUAAUAGACACUGUAUGCUAGUCUCCCUGGUCCCUUCUUUAUUAGAAACUUGUUCAGGUUUGCCUUUCCUUUUGGGGUGUGUCGGUUUCUGCAAACGGCCCGGGCCAAGAAGUCCAAAAGAGAGAAUGGUUUGGCAAGAUUUCGGUGCAAGACAAGUACAUAGCAAAAAAAUGUGGGGAGGAUAAACAAUGACAGACUCAGGCGGUGAGUGUGGGAGGAAGGGAAGAAAGGAGGGAGAGGGAACACAACAUGAUGAUGUGAGGGAUUUGUGGGCAUUGGUUUAUUAUAUCCAACUUGAAUGAAUCUGACUUCCACGAUUAAAAGACUCAUGGACGCAUUUUUUGGAGUGGGGAAGGCUGAUCAGCAGUGAGUGUAGACAGGCAUGCCUUGGUCUUGGAGUCUCAGUGGAAUCCGGGAGAGUCCUCUGGCAGUAUGUCCACGCAAUGCUUGCUGACAUACAUCGGGCUGCCACCGGAAAUGUGGAUCGCGCACGUCUUUGCAUCCAUAGUCCCUUUCACAUUAAUUCUGGUCUUUGGACUUGCUCACGACCCUGCGUUGGCGCUGAUCGCGGGCAGCAACUGUUUUCUGCCGGCUUUUUGCGCGAACUUCGCCAAGUAUGUCGUCUACUUCCGCACUGAGAUCAUCCAACCGCUUGGAGAGGAUGGAAAAGAAGUGCUUGGCGACCCCAGGUACGAGUUCUUACCGAAGUUCUUGCAGCCUUUGCCCAUCUUCAGCCUGACGCUAUUCUGCAUUUUGGUUCUCCUUUGCUUCAUUAUCGCCGCCACCACUUGGACCAGAGCAGCCCGUUCGACCACCACGCCUGUACCCCCUCAUGUGGCUCUUUUGACAAGGCCUUAUGAGGACCACUGCAAGUGCAUGGAAGUGGAGAGAUUGUUGCGAAAGAUGAUUUUGAAGACUCUUGCGGCAGCAUUGCCAAUUACAGCUUACCCAGUCUUGCAGCUCACAUUCGUUGGCAUCAUCAUGCUUUUCCCAUUGUGCUUAUACUCCCACCUCCUCCCGUACAAGACGAUGGAGAAAGGUACACUGAAUUGGCUCAAUUUGACCGAGAUUUUUCUGAUUUCCGCGGGAAUCAUCAUCAUCAACCUUGCCAAUUUGAUUAUUGCUAGCAAUUCGCAUUGGGCGACCACGACAGAAAGCCAGCUCCUGUUCUUCAUGCUCAUUUUGUCCUCAGCUGUGCUAAUUGGAUUGGCACUUGGCCUUCUCAUCGCCGGAUUCUUAUUCGUAGAAAUGUUCCUCGGAAAUGGAUGAAUGAUUGACCUUGGCUACCAAUGAUAUCCGAUAAGUUGUGC